AUGAUUUCAGGAUUAAGAAAUUUAAAGAUUAUUCUGACUGUCGUCACUAUUAUUACAGUACUUGGUAUUUUUUUCACUACCAAUAGAGCUAAUUUUUAUCAUCAUCUACAAUUAAAUUCACUACUAGCGAAGAAAGCGGAACAAAACGUGAUCCAUUAUACAAUUAAACCAGAGAAACUCAUAGUUUAUAAUGCUUCUCGACCAAGUGGAUGUCGGCGUAAAUUUAAUAGAGCUCAUUGUUUAAAAGAUCUACAGAAUCAAACCGGACUGAAACAAUGUGGAGAUCCUGAGUGUUCUUGUUUUCCUCUAGAAGUCUUCGAGAAACCAACACCUGCUAGUUUUUUAGGAACAUUCCCGCCAAUAACGGAAUCAAUGUUACCCAUCGAGAAAGAACUUCUAGACGUUGAAGUUUUGGUAGACAUUAAGAAAACGUCGAGUGCUAUUCUGUCAAAGUUGGUUCUAGUAAGUUCUUCAACAAUGUUUAAGGUCGGUGAUAUCAUCAACGUACGAGUUGAUGUAAAGGACGGAACCGGACGACAGCGGACCGUCGGUGCCGAUUUCGUUCAAGUUUGGAUGAAAUCAGCUAAAGGUCCUAGGCGGGCAAGUAGUGCGGAAGUGGUAGAUCUAAAAAACGGAAGUUAUGUUGCUACAUUAAGAGCAUUAUGGGAAGGAGAUUCAAUAAUCGUGGGAGCAUUGCCCUUUACAAGGGAGGCAAGCGCUUUCAAUUUUCAAUUAGGACGAGAAUACAGAUCUAUCAAUUUAUAUGUUGGUCAUUUUAAAAAGGCGAAACUGAAGGAAUUUACUCUCUGUUCCAUGUUUUCUGUUAUCCCUGGAUAUAAACUUAUCUGUAAUUUAACAGAGACGAAUUACGGUUAUGGGUGGUAUUGUGGAAAACCUUUUAAUGGUAACCUGACGUGUAAUGAUUUUGUUUUCGCAAAAUAUUACGAAGAUGUUUAUAUUCCACUCACUCUAGCUCUAUACAACGUUUUUGAAAGACAUGAUAGAAAAAUCAUGAUUUCAACCCAAAUCAAAUUAAAAAUAGAAUCAGGUCGUACAUCCCAGCCCCAGCCAAACAAGAUUGAUUGUACCAAGUUAUCCCGUCGUGAGACCUGGAACAUGAUACAACCCACUGGAUAUUUCAACGGAACAGUGUGGGAACAUAUAAAAUGCCACAAUCCUGUGAAUCAGAGGAACUUUUUAAAUUGUUUUAAGAACACAACUCUGAUAGUGUUUGGGGAUUCGACCGUUCGUCAAUACUAUGACCAUAUACGCAAUGUCUUUAUAUGUAAGCAGACUACAGAGAAGUGGACGAAACGGAAGUGGUAUAAGGCAUCCCAUUGUCAGGUUCCUCGGUAUAAUUUUAGUCUCACAUGGGCAGUUCAAGAACUUCCCUUUGAAGAAGCUUUGAAAGCACCAGAUGGAAAAACAAAGUCGAAACCGGCAUCUGUUCUGUUGGACGAGGCAUCGAGUUCUGGACGUAUCGUUUUCGUCAUUCACUACUACGUUCAUUUUAUGCGAAUGCAUUAUUCAUCUUUUAUUGAGAGGAUUCGAUCUCUAAAAACACCAAUCCGAAACGCCUUAAAGAGAAAUAAGAACAUACAUAUAGCAAUCAAAUCACCGCACGUGUUUUAUAUAACGAGGUGUCCAACACAUUUCAGUAUAUAUCACGGCAAACUUUACAUGGAUAUAUUGAAAACAGAACUGGCCGAAUUUCAUGAUAAAGUAUGGUUUUUAAAUUUCUGGGACAUGAGUACAGCGUUCGAAAAUGACAAAAUGCAUCCGCCCAAUGAUUUUGUGUGGCAAAAUUUGCGGUUGUUGGCAGGUUAUGUGUGUAAUAAAUAA